UUGAAAAUGUCAAUGGUCGCGGCUGCUGCUUCCGAUAUACCAGCAAAGAAAAGACUUCACCCUUCAAACAAUCAUCAGAAAGCAUCACCCAACAAACAAUUUGGAAAAAGAAGGAAGCGAAACAUACAACUACCCAUCACAUCAUGUGAGGGUAGGAUUGUCAGUGAGCUGAAAACAAACGAUGUUCUCAUCAUAGUUGGAGAAACAGCCAGUGGUAAAACAACUCAAAUUCCCCAGUUCAUCCACAAUGCUGGGUUACUUGCAGAGGGAAAAUGUGUUGCAGUUACUCAACCUCGUCGUGUUGCCACAAUCUCACUGGGACGGCGUGUGGCCAACGAAAUGGGCUCCAAAGUAGGACAAACAGUCGGAUACUGUGUCAGAUUCGAAGAUAAGACUUCUAAACAGACUAAAAUAAAGUUUUUAACAGACGGAAUGCUGCUAAGAGAAGCUAUUUCUAAGAAGAACUUAAAAAAGUACGGUGUUAUUAUUUUAGAUGAGGCUCACGAGCGUACUGUGAAUACUGAUGUUUUGUUUGGGCUCCUCAAAAAGAUCCAAACUCAGCGAGUAAAAACCCCCUUAAAACUUAUAAUAAUGUCAGCCACACUCGAUGCUGAUCAUUUUUCAAAGUUCUUUAACACUGCAAAAGUUUUAUACAUCCAAGGACGACAAUACCCAAUAAAAACUCUUUACUCGAAAGUCACACAGAAAGAUUACGCCCACGCCAGUUUGGUAACAGCACUUCAAAUCCACCAGGAGAUGCCACCUGAGGGUGACAUUCUUGUGUUCCUCACAGGACAAGAGGAGAUAGAACACGGGCACAAGCUUCUCACUGAGUGUAACGCCAGUCUGCCUGCUCUGGUUCCUAAGAUAUCUGUUUUUUGUUUGUUUGGCGCGCUUCCCACUGCUCAGCAAGUGGGGGUGUUUGCUAAAGCUCCUCCUGGACACCGCAAGAUAAUUCUCUCCACAAACAUUGCAGAGACAUCGCUAACCAUCAGAGGAUUGAAAUAUGUCGUGGAUAGCUGCAGGGUGAAACAGAAAGCUUUCAACCCUAAAAUUGGCAUGGAGGCGCUGCAAGUUAAGCCAGUUUCCAAAGCACAAGCACGCCAGAGGCAAGGAAGAAGUGGUCGAGAAGGGCCUGGUGUGUGUUACAGAAUGGUAACAGAAGCUGAAUAUGACUCUCUUGCUGAGGUUGAAACUCCAGAAAUCCAAAGAUGCAAGUUGUCCACCGUAAUCUUAAAUCUUGUUAAUCUUGGUAUUAACAAUGUGUUUGAUUUUGAAUGGAUAGACAAACCACCCGAACAAACAAUAUCAACUGCUGUAGGAGACCUCAAAACUCUAGAAGCACUGACUGGCUCAAGACAUUUGGAGCUCACCCCUCUUGGUAAAUCCAUGGCAUCAUUUCCGCUCUCGCCUCAUUACUCCAAGAUGAUCAUCAAGUCACGUGAUCUCUCCUGUUCAGCUGAGAUGAUAACUCUAGUCUCCUUACUAUCAGUCGACUCCAUUUUCUACAACCCCAAAAACAAAACCGACAUCACCACAGCUGUCCGCCAGAAGUUCUAUAACAGGUCCAGUGAUCACAUCACACUGUUACGUGUCUACAAAGCGGCGGAGGAGAACAACUUCAACCCUGACUGGUGCCAGCGCCAUUAUCUCAACAUCCGGGCGCUACAAACAGCAGCUAACGUCCGGAAACAGCUCAAACAAAUCUGCAAAAAGAUCGGGGUACCCUUGAUUACAAGCAAGAAGUGGGAGGAAAACAUUUGUUCAGCCCUCCUUUACGGUUUGUUAGAGAACGUGGCAGUGCGCCAACCUGACUCUUCCUACGUGAGUCUAUCAAACAGACAACAAGCUAAACUCCACCCCUCCUCAGUGCUGUGCUUGUUAGCGCAGGAAGCUGCUCCGGAGAUGGUGGUGUUUGAUGAGAUGGUGCUGACGAGUGCUAAUUAUCUGAGGACGUGCAGUGUGGUGGAGAAGAGCUGGUAUCAGAGGUUGGUUAGUUUGAGUGGACAGGAUGUUGUGAGUGGACAGGAUGUAGUGUCUUGAGGAGGUGGUGGUGGUAUAUGUCAUGCUAUUUGGUUUGUCUUUAAGGUGGUGGUGGUGGCACCAUCUUAUAUAAUAUUCAUUUAGAACGGACAACUUGCUGGAUGUCAUGCCAUACUUGGAUAAAAAUAUGCAUAUUUGUAAGCUGUUCAAUAUUGAAAUUAUGCAAAUUGAUUGUAUCAGUGUGAACUUUGUUCAACUCAAUUAAAAAACAUUUUAUUACUGAGAUCAUAAGGAGUAAGAUGCUUACAGUUUUGUGGUGUACACAUAUACUUAUAACUUCUCAGAUGCCUCUCUUAUAUAAUAUUCUUUUAAACCUCAUCUCAAAGUCUAAACAGGAUCAAAAUAACCAGUAAAGUAGCAUGCUAAUCGAAUAUAUAUAAUUCAAAUAUUAUUCGCAUAAUAUAUUCAAAUUAUGUGCUGUCUAAACUAACUUAUUACAUUUAAUUGAGAUUAGUUAUGUACGUUUUCGUUCUUUUUUAGGGAUUUAGAUUGGAAUACUUUUUGUAAUAAAAUCAACGUGACCUUAGCUUAGGCGUAUU